AUGAUACGUGUUCAGACGUUGCGCCAGUUGACAAUUAUAAUUGGACUGACGCUAUGCAGCAUUUCCGAAGGGUUUAUUUUUGGUCAAAUGUCCGGAAUGGUGAACGCUCUACGAGGUGCAAAUAGUGAAAUAGCUCUCAGCGAAGACGAUAUUUCUUGGAUAGCCUCAACUAUAAAUGCAACAUGUGUAUUUGGCUUUGCCAUAGCUGGACUAAUCACGGAAAAAGUUGGACGACGACGAGCCAUCUCGCUUUUAAACCUUCCAAUGCUGGUGACAUGGAUAAUGAUAUAUUAUGCGACGGAUUUUACAACUUUUAUUAUCUCUAGGUUUAUAGUUGGCGUCAGUUUUGGAGGUGUGCUUUUAUUAACUUACGUCGCAAUGGCCGAGUACACCGCACCCGGUCAGAGGGCUAUUUGUGUAAAUCUUGUAUCAGCUGUGGGGCCAUCAAUUGGCACGACAUUGGGACACGUACUAAGUAUUUCACUGCACUGGAGAACGGUUGCAAUGAUAGGAAUUAUUCCUACAGGAUUGUCAGUCUUAUUGCCUUGCUUUUGGGUAGAAAGUCCAUCGUGGUUGGCAUCUAAGGGAAGAUUCGAUGAAUGCGAAACCGCGUUCAGAAAACUGCACGGUCGUCAUGAGGCAUCUGAAUCAGAAUUAGCAUUACUUUUAAAUUUGGAGAAAGUAAAACAAGAAGAUUUCUCACCAAACAAACAGUUUAUGCUUUCGAUAAUUGAAAAAAUAACGGCCGCAUUAAAACAACGGUAUUUUUUGAAGUUAAUUAUGUUGUCUGUGGUCAUCAGCGUAUAUAGGGUGGCGGGAGGCAAAAUAUUAUAUUGUACUAUGGCCAUAACAAUGUUGCAAGAAAUGACUGGGAGCUCAAACAUUUUGUUAUUUACAUUGCUCGUAGACGGAUUCAUCAUUAUUGGCUCAAUUUUACCUUGUUUUCUUUUGAAAAAAAUGAAAAUGAGAACUCUUUUACUUUCUUUUGGAUUGAUAUCUAAUGUUGCCCUCAUUAUAUUGAGCAUUUGCCUUUAUUUCAUACCAAAAACUAAUUCAUAUUUAGCGUGGAUCUGUUCUUCAAUUUUAGCUUUUUAUUUCAUUACUGUGUACUCAGGUCCUUAUGCAGUAUUAGAAAUAUUAAUAUCGGAAGUCUUUCCAUUGGAACUUAAGCCUUACUGUAUAUUUUCAGGGGGAAGUUUUAAUGGUUUUGCGCAAUUUUUAUGCAUUAAAUUAGCACCAAAUAUGUUCGCUUUGAUGGGUUAUCAUGGUGUAUUUUUGUUAAAUUCUACUAUUGUAUUUUUAUGUCUGGGAUACCUUUGGGUUUUUAUGCCAGAAACAAAGGGAAGAACUCUGCAAGAAAUAGAAUUAUAUUUCAAACAAAGCACUUCUACGGAAAAUAAAAAUUGUGCUCAAUCUGAGACUUUACUUUCCAGAGGUCACGCAGUAAAUAAGGAAUUCAAGUUAAAUGACACUCUAGACACGGCCUGA